GCUUAUGCGGGCUCGCUCUCCAAACUCCGCUCACCACAUAGACAGCUAGCCAGCUACUGCUAGCCCAGGCUAGCCAUUCCUCUACUAACAAACUAGCUCGACAACAAGCCGUUUUUAAACUUAAGAUCGGGCGCCCAUCCCGUUCGCGUUUUGAGAAGACAUUAGUUGUGUUGGGGCAUUAUAUACGGGAUGUUGAGGAAAAAACGGGAGCGAAUUAGACGGUAAAACAUACCGGCGUUUGCGGCAAAUCUGAGGUGCGCGGCUAGCUCACGUUAGCUGCUAACUUUUGGUGGUAUUUCUAGAGGAGCUACUGGCCAGAUAUUGACGGUUGUGGACGCGGCCGGGUACCUACUGUUGGGGUGCCUGUGUCAGUCACUGCAAAAGGUCCAUGACGAAGCCACGCCGUAAGAGCCAAGUGGCAUGGGGGGCCGGAGCUGGCAGCCGACGGUCCGAAGACGCCACCGGCUGUCGCCGGGGUGCACGGCAACCGCCGGCGUCGCCCUACGGCCUGAAGACGUCCCCCACGCGGGACGGCCUGAGCUACUCCCAGACCCAGCGCGUGGUGGAGGUGGACCUGGACGGCAGGCUGCAUCGCAUCUCCAUCCUGGACCCCCUGGCGGUCAUCACGGAGGACGAGAUGAUGGCGCAGGACAUCGUGGAGUGUAACAGCAACAAGGAGAACAGCGAGCAGCCCUCGCCGCCGGCCAGCGGCCCCCAGGCGGUCCGCAAGCCCGCCACGCCCCGCGGCCGCAGGAAGGACCCCAAGAGCUCCUCCGUCAAGUCCUCGCCCUUCUCCAAGAACCACGGGCCCAACUCGCACCCCCAGACCCCCGACAAGGGGGGCCCCCACCAGGGCGGCGCCGUGGCGGCCCUCCCCGAGCCCACCUUCCGCCUGCUGGAGACGUUCCGGCCGGCGCAGGCCCCGCCCCUGCCCGCGGCGUACUACCGCUUCAUGGAGCGCUCGGCGGAGGAGCUGGAGGCGGAGGCGGAGUACGACAUGGACGAGGAGGACGCGGCCUGGCUGGAGAUGAUCAACGCGGGCCGCCGGGCCGACGGCCACCCCGGCGUCUCGGCCGACACCUUCGAGCUGCUGGUGGACCGGCUGGAGGAGGAGGCGUACCGCGAGGCGCGCAGCCGGGCGCCCUCGCAGAGCGCGGCGGACGACGACGACGCCUUCUGCUGCGUGUGCCUGGACGACGAGUGCCUCAACAGCAACGUCAUCCUGUUCUGCGACGCGUGCAACCUGGCCGUGCACCAGGAGUGCUACGGCGUGCCCUACAUCCCCGAGGGCCAGUGGCUGUGCCGCUGCUGCCUGCAGUCGCCGCAGAGGCCGGCGGAGUGCGUGCUCUGCCCCAACCGCGGCGGCGCCUUCAAGCAGACCAGCGACGGGCACUGGGCGCACGUGGUCUGCGCCAUCUGGAUCCCCGAGGUGUGCUUCGCCAACACGGUGUUUCUGGAGCCCGUGGAGGGCGUGGCCAACAUCCCGCCGGCCCGCUGGAAGCUCACCUGCUACCUGUGCAAGCAGAAGGGACAGGGCGCGGCCAUCCAGUGCCACAAGGCCAACUGCUACACGGCCUUCCACGUGACGUGCGCCCAGCGCGCCGGACUCUUCAUGAAGAUCGACCCGGUCCGGGAGACCAGCGUGCACGGCACCACCUUCUCCGUCAAGAAGACGGCCUUCUGCGAGGUGCACUCGCCGCCCGGCCAGGAGGACGAGGGCUCGGACGAGGAGGCGGAGCGGGACAGCGAGGGCCGCGUGGUGGGCAGCCGGCGGCGGGCCAGCAGGGGGCGCAGCGCCUACUCGGAGCUCCCCACCACGCCGAAGCGCGGCCGGAAGGGCGACGGCGCCGGCAAGCAGGGCAAGAGGAAAGGGAAGAAGGGCGCCGGGGACGCGGUCCAGUGCCCUGCGUCGCCCGUGGCGACAGUGCCGCACAUACCGACCCCCAGGCUGAACAUAAUCUGCAAGGGGAUUCUCUUCCAGAGGAAGACCCAGUUCAUGCAGAGGAUGCACAACUAUUGGCUUCUGAAGCGCCAGUCACGGAACGGUGUUCCACUUGUUCGUCGGCUGCACACCAACGUCCAACCACCGAGGCCCGCUGAACCGCCCGAGGUGGAUGAGAAGGUUUCUGCAGCGGUGGAGGCCCUGAGGUACUGGCAGAAGCUACGGCACGACCUGGAGAAGGCGCGGUUGCUGGUGGAGCUAAUCCGCAAGAGGGAGAAGCUCAAAGGAGAGCAGGUUAAGGUUCAGCAGGCGACCCUGGAGAUGCGGCUGACCCCCAUGUUGGUGUUGCUGCGGGCCACCCUGGACCAGCUGCAGGAGAAGGACCUGGCCAACAUCUUCUCAGAGCCCGUGGACAUCAAGGAGGUGCCCGACUACCUGGACUUCAUCACCGCCCCCAUGGACUUCUCCUGCAUGCGCUCCAAGAUGGAGGCGCACGCCUACCGCUGCCUGGCGGACCUGGAGCUGGACUUCAACCUCAUGGUGUCCAACUGCCUCCUGUACAACGCCAAGGACACGGUGUUCCACCGCGCGGCGCUCCGGCUGCGGGACCUCGGGGGCGCCGUGCUGCGGCACGCCCAGCGGCAGGCCGCCAACACGGGCCUGGACCCCGACACGGGGCUCCUCCUUGCCGAGUCGCCCCAGAAGCAGAACUUCUACAGCUGCACCUGGGAGGACGUGGACAGCCUGCUGGACCCGGCCAACCGGCUCCACAUGUCUGUGGAGGAGCAGCUGAAGGAGCUGCUGGACAAGCUGGACGUGGUGAUCCUGCGGGGCAGCGGCGCCCGCACGCGGCGCGUCCGCCUGCUGCGCCGCGAGAUCCACAACGUCCGCUUCCGCCAGGGACCGUCCCCCCCGCCGCGGCCCGCUCAACGGCCGCCGCAAGGACCGCCACGAGAGCGGCGGCGGGCGACGACGACGACGACGGCGACGACUGCGUCGAUUAGCACAGGGUGGCCCGGCUCACACCGCUAUGACCUCAAAUCCACGUCCCCGCCCACGCUGGAGCUCACCGGGCCGGCCCCGCCCCCUCGCCAGGAGGACACGCCCCUGGAGCCCCCCACCCUGCGGCCGAUCACGGGCGAGCCGCGCACUGUAAAGCGCCUCAAAAUGGACAGCGAGAGUUCCGACGGCGCAGGCGCCGCCGGCGACACGAUCUGCGUUAAGAAGGAGGCGGAGGCGCCACAGGUAACCCCGCCCCCUUUGCCCGCCGCGCCGCUGACCAACGGCGUGUCCCCGACCUGCGCCGCCCCCCCGCGGCCGCCCACCCCCGGCGUGGGCCGCCGCACCUCGGUGCUCUUCAAGAAGGCGAAGAACGGACGGCGCCACCCCCCAGACGGCCCCUCGCUCAACGGGAAGAGCGAGGCCCCCGAGGAGGCGGCCUCCAGCGUCCCCCCCACCCCCACCUCCACCGUCAGCACCCCCUCCUCCACGCCCGCCUCCACCCCGUCCAAGACCCCGCUGAAGAGCCUCCCGCCCGCCGGGGACCCCGCCACGCCCCGCUGCUGCUGGGCCUCGGGGCCCGACAUCGGCUCGGACAGCGAGAUGGAGGGGACCCCCCUGCGGGCGUCGGAGACCGGUCUCCCCAACGGGCUGAACGGACACGGAGACGGCCGGCCCGACUCCCUCUGCCGGCCCGCCCCCCCAUCGCUACACAAAAACAUUAGCACGCCUCUCAAGAGAAGCCUUGGCAAGCCGGCCUUGUCCAAGGUGCCCUUCCUCGAGGUCCUGAACGGAGACUGCCACUACACCGCCCCCGGCGACAGCAGCCAGGUGUCUGAGGAUGAGCUGGAGCCUCUGGACCUGGUCUGGGCCAAGUGCAGGGGGUACCCCUCCUACCCCGCGCUGAUCAUCGACCCAGAGAUGCCGGAGGACGGCGUCCUGCACAACGGCAUUCCCAUCCCCGUCCCCCCCAAGGAGGUGCUGCAGCUGGGGGAGGCCCGGCAGGAGGAGGCCGGGGAGAGGCUCUACCUGGUGCUCUUCUUCGACAACAAGCGCACAUGGCAGUGGCUCCCCCGCAGCAAGCUGUCCACCCUGGGCCGGGACCAGACGGCCGACAAGCUGCGCAUCAUGGAGGGCCGAAAGACCAGCGUCCGCAAGUCCGUCCAGGUGGCCUACGACCGCGCCCUGAUCCACCAGAGCCGCGUCAGCCAGCAGCACGCCUUCCUGGCCUCCAGUUACCUGUAGGGGGCACCCCCGAGGCCUCCUCCACCACUACCCCCAUCCCCCCCCCCCCCCCCAGCUGCCCACCUGGCUGAGCCAAUGGGAGGCUGAGACGAGGGUCUGGGAUUUUGCCACAGACAAAACUGUGGGGUUUUACUCUGGGCUUUUGUGUGUGUGUGUGUGUGUGUGUGUGUGUGUGUGUGUGUGUGUGUGUGUGUGUGUGUGUGUGUGUGUGUGUGUGUGUGUGUGUGUGUGUGUGUGUGUGUGUGUGUGUGUGUGUGUGUGUGUGUGUGUGUGUGUAGGAGGGUCUUGGACUGAAUUACCCAACCACUAGCGUCCUCGGUGUGAAUAAUGAAUUGUGUGUGUGUCUCACUGUUUGUGGGGCUCUGUGGUGUAGCAAAGAAAUAAGCUAGACGACCGCCCUUAUUGAACCCCGCUCCCUCCCCUCGUGGAUGGUCUGGAGGCACAUGGUCACGGAUGCCCCGCCCCCUUUCUACAUAUAUAUUUUUGAUGCUACUGCCAAUGAAAUGCACCAUCACGAGAGAUUGUGUCAUGUUUCUAUGAAAGACAUUUUUAUUUAUAUACACACAUACACGCACACGAUGGCUUUUUACAUUUUCAAUCUUUAUAAAAGAAUUCCCACUAUAUAUUGUAAAGGCACACUUGAUGUACAUAUGUGUGCGCGUCUUUCUGAACAAUCUUAAUUUAACGUUGCCCUGCGGACGUCAAUCAGAAAGGCCGCAGUGUGUGUGUGUGUGCGCCGCAAGGAGUACUCUUCUUGAUAUAUGAAUUAUCUUUUUUUUUUAUACAAAGAAAAAAAUAAUUUAUUUAUGGAAGGCUAUAGAAAGCUAUAAUGGUUGAAAUUGAGAAUAAAAUAUUUUAUUUAAAAAAAGAAAUGUAAAAGGAUUUUUUGAACAAUACAGCCUGUGUUUUUUGUUUCUUUCUUUGCAAAUGUUUCUACUGAGGUGUUUUUAACUUGAAUAGAGUUUAUUUAUUGACGGUUUCCACAAUAUGAAGCUCAUGGGGACACGUUUAUGGGCUGCAGAUUUUAACCUACUGGCCAAAUACUUGUUUUUUUCUGAAUCAGUAUUUUUCUCAUUGAUAACAACUCUUAUUAAAAGACUUUUUUGGAACCCUUUGGCUGUUUUGUUUUAAUUAUAGAGUGCUGCAUGAAGCGCUCUAAUUCCGUACAAAUAUAUAUUCUAUUUCUUAUUCUUUCGGAGAGAA